AUGUCUGCACUGCUUACGCAGCUUCAGAACAUUCUACAAUCGUGGGACGAUAUCCAGCCCUUACUAAAUGAACAUUCCAAAACCGAAGAUCCUUCUGUUGCAACCACUGCUGCUAUUAAUAAUUCUGUGAUUUUGGAAGAUAAUCCCCUUCAUAGAGGAGAAAAUGCUGGCGAUAGUAUAAUAGACGAGGGACACACUCAGUUAUCGUCUGUUUCCUUUCCAACGAUCACCAAAGUUUCAGAAUUAGUCAAGGAUAAUGGUUCUUUUUCGCUGUAUCAUAAUAGUCGUCAAGUACUGAGUAGGCUUGAGUUGGCCCGUGCGGCUCUGGCUCUUUUCGCCUCUAAUGCUGGUGCGUAUCGCCCCAUUCUCACAAACCUUCUGAGGUAUGUUUUCGAAUGCAUAGACUUUCUCAUUGAUAAUCAGGCUCCGCCUACGCACGCAAGCCCGACUGAUGAUACUUCUGCCGCUGCAACAGGUAACGUUUCCACUUCAUGUGGUCUUGGACUCGAGAUUAGCAAAGCUGAAGAUGUAGUGGCGAGCGCUCAUCAGAAGGUACUGCUGGUGGAAUCCCGUAUGUCAGCGUUAGUCGAAGAGUCUACAGCUCAGCGCGAUCGGUUUAAGGCCCAGCUGUUGGUACAACAACAGACGCAGACCAAACUGGAACAUUUACUCGAGAAGCAAGUAGAAUUGAACCACAUGCUUACCAGUUACCCUGUGAGUCAGCAUGAUGGGGAGGGGCCUGUGCUAGAUUUUUCCAGAACCAUGAACAUGACUAGCCGUCGGCGGGCAGCGUAUGCCCAGCAACUUAUCGCACGAGCCGAAAAGGAAUCUACCAUCAUGGAGCUCGACGCCCGGGUAGAGGAACUGACCCUUGAGCGCGACAACUUGCAGGAAAAGUUGGUAAGCCUCAAGAAGCUCAACACUAAAUAUGCCCGGCAGGCAAUAGAGUUGUCAGCCCGGCUUAACAUUCUGAGGAAUCAUAACAUCGCGCUGGCUUCAGACGCCGUGUUGUAUCAGCACGACGCAAUACGGGAGAAACAAAAGUCUCAGAAAAUAGAGCGAGACUUAAUGGUUACACGCAAUAUAAUCCUGGUUCUGCUUGAGGUUAGACGACACGAGAUGCUUUUCAGAUUCAACAAUCCUAUUGCUAGCACCAAUGCAGCAAAGACAGAGAAAAAUGUAGAGACUAUGGGUACUAAGGGCAGCAUGGAGGAUCCCCUUCAGUCGAGCAAAAAUGAUAUACUUGAUGCAUGUUCACAUUUAUUUGCCUCUUCAGAAUCCCCUGGGAAUGAAAGCCGCUGUCGGAAGGACGAUUUGGGUUUAGCUUCAAACCCUGUUUCUCUCAACAGAACGGUACAUGUUAAUUCUGAUGCUCUGGCAUGCACUACCGAGGAUUUUCUUGCCUCUGUUCAGGACAACAUACUGCGCAAGCAGCUGCAGGAUAUCAUGCACAUUAAAGAUGCUUCUAAUGGUGGAGCUGCGAAGAGUGCUCUCCUCAAGCUGCUUAACCUACAAUGGGGUGGGUUCACUGGCAACAAUAAAUUACAAACAGGCAAGCAGCUUCCCAUGCUUAAGGAUGUUAGAUCGCAUCCUUGGGUCCGACCGUAUGGGAGGAACUGUAAUGUGCCGCUCCACCUUCGCAGUCGUGAUUGUGUGAUGUUGAUACCUUUUCAUCCACUCGUUGCAGAGUGCUUUGUUCAUGAGUUACUAUCACAGCGGCUUGAGUUUUUUGAGUUCUAUGGACGGGCUGCACGGAGUUUGGAUUCUGUUGCUAAAGGAAAUCAUUUUAAUGCAACUGAUGUUGUGGCACAGCGUAAAGACCUUGAAAAGUGUUCUUCAUUCGCCAAGGCGUCGGAGGGACGUAAUUUUUGUUUUUGCACCACAAAAACCAUGUCAGUCCCUCUUGAUGAAUUCAUUGUGUUAUUUAUCAAUAUGGUGUGGUUAAAUAAAAACGCUAUAGUCGUGCCCGAAGCGACACCACCACAGGAUAGAACUGAGAAAGAUACACCAAGCACACCCAUUCAGAACCAAAGGUUGGGUCAGUCAUUGACUAACGAUCCCACUGCAAAUACGCUUGAGUUUUUCCACCAGUACAGCUCUUUCCAUGGACUCGAGGCCACAUCGGAGCGAACAAUCCCUGAGCAGCAGUCACAGCUGACGAUGGAGGGCCUCAAGUUAGCGUAUGGGCUGGAUGUAGCCUCGCGGCGGCAGGACUGUAGUUUUUUAACCUACGCUUAUGGUCUCGCGUCUCGUGGGGAGCUUUCAGAGGUUAUUUUUACCGUAGUGCGCCAGGAACGUGAUGUUUUCUUGGCCUUAUGCGAGGCCGUUGAGAAGGAGCACAUAUCGAGGAAAGGGUCUAGAUAUCCAGUGAUGGAGUCUUCAGUUGUGGAGCGGUACCACAGUCCUAGGUCACAAAAUCAUCCUCCGGUGAAGUCAAACAUGAUGCCUUUGCAAGGCACAAGUACUUCUGACUCGGAAUCUACAAUCAAAAAGACACAUCACCCCCUUGGCUGCAUCCCUACCCCACAGCUGGCGCGUAUUUUAAUCUGCAUGUUCCCAUCCUACCCUAUUUCUCGAAUUGAGCAAAUGGUUAUGGCUGCAAUUGAGGAUGGUGCCGACACCAUCCAGGCUCCCCACAUGCUGCACUAUACUGUGCUUCUCCCUGAGCGACUCCUACCUGGAUCGGUUGCAAGCGGCACUGCGGUGGAGCUGUCCGCAUUCUGGAGUGAGGGUCGCUUUGCAACUUUGUUUUAUAAGUCAAUCUGUGAUGACGCGUUGGAGUCAAUGCAGCUACUGGAGGAUACUUUGCAAGGUUUUGGUGAUAGCUUAGCCAUGCAGAAGCGGCACGUGGGAUUAAUGGAAACCUUUAGGAAUUCUACGAAUUUCGACAGCAUGGAUCUCCUUGUAUCCGCCGAGCAGUUGACAACAUUCGGGUUGAAAGUUCUUCCAGUUGCGGAGGGGCGGCGGUGGGGUCCAGCGCUUACAAGCGUGCUCACACGGUGCCCACUUUUUCGCCCUGCUUCCUUAGCUUUACGGGCGGGCUCGAUACGUGAGAACGAGACACAGAAUAGUGAAGGCGAGGUGGCUGUGUCUCCAACUUCGCAGCCAACGAAUUCAGGACAAGAAAUAGACCGAAUGACAUCUGCCUCACCAACCAGGAAGUCUAUAACAGGUGUAAGCGCUUUCACGAGUGGAGUGGGUUAUGUUAAGUUGGCUGAAGUAAUGCUUUACUUGCGGUGCCAUGUCAUUUUGCGUCGUGGCUUGUAUUCGAAUUACGUCGAAGCUGCUCAGCCAGCUCAAGAUAUGCUGGGUGCUCUGAGCCAGGAGGAGGCUUUUCAGUCAGUAUGGACGGAAGCCCAUCUUGAGUACGUUAAAACCCUGCAAGACACAUGGGAGCAUUAUGCACUUGAAGGUGAGUCCGUCUUGGUUGCGGAUGCGGAGUUCUUUUGGAUGUUGCUUUUCGAAGCGGAUCCUCAUCGCUCUAGGAUCUGGGCUACAGCUGCCGCUUCACAUGGGAGUCCAUUGCUGCGCCACUAA